GGGUUGCCCCUAUUUUGACAGAUGUCAGUGUCAACUUAAACUUUCUUAGGUUAUGUUAACAUUAAUAUUUUUUCAAUAUGAGUGAUUCCAACGAAAGGGGAAAAUUUUAUAAUAAAAAGCGUUAUCCCAAUCACAGACAAUCGGAAAAUAAUGCCUUCGGGAGUCGAUGUUUCAACAGUAAAAACAUUUACAAGCCGGAUAAGGAUUUUUCGAAAGAUUCCGAUAAAGGAGAAGCCAAACCUAAAAGUAUAAAGCAACCUACGCUUCUAUUAAAAGCGCCUGAACGUGCCGAAGAGCGCUCAGCCUCUCCUAAACAAAAAGAUGACGCAAAAAGUGAUCCCUCGCAAAUAACCAUUGUCACUAAUACUUCGCACGAACAUGCGUCCCACACGAUAAUAAAAUCAAUGUCGAAAAGCAUAAAAUUACUCGAAGAUGGGAAUUUAUUAUCAGAAAACAUUCAAGAUUAUCUCUUAGAAAACAACGAUUUUUUAGUUGUUGGGUUCAUUGGUAAACAAGGAGUGGGAAAAUCGACAAUUUUAAAUUUAUUAACUUCGGACGCCGUUUGCGAAGAAUUUAAACAGUUUAUAUUUCAAACUCCUAAAAGUAAAGAUGAAGACAAUUUAGAGAGUAACAUUAAAAUCCUCACUGAAGCUUUUCAAAGCGGAUUUAAACCGUUUAAUGAGCAAAAAGAUAAUUUUAAGGCUAUUUUUCAUCAACAACAAAUCGAACAUGUUGAUGGAAAUUUGCACACAACGUCUGGAAUCGAUAUUUUCAUAACAAAAAAUCGUAUGAUUUUACUCGAUUGUCAGCCGGUUCUAUCUUGUUCGAUCCUUGAUGAGUUAAUGCGUUGCGAGAGUAAACGUGCGAAUGUUAUUAGCGAGUUUUCGCCCCUUGAAAAUAGCGGGGAGAUUCAAGGGCUUCAAUUAACGGCUUUUUUAAUGAGCGUUUGUCAUGUUUUGGUCGCUGUUAACGAUUGGUUUUUUGAUACUAACUUUAUUAGAUUUUUACAAACAGCUGAAAUGUUAAAACCGACAAUUUCAAAUCCGGAUGAAGAUUUUGUUGAUUAUUUUCCACAUUUGGUUUUGCUUCAAAACAAGGCUCAAAUGGAGGAUUUUACUCCUGCGAGAUUUAAACAGAUGCAAAAGGUCUACAAAAACGUCUUUAGCACCACUAAAAUGCAUUUGGAAUCGGGUUUGGGGAUUGGAAAUGGAAGGAUUAUGAAUACUUUGUGCGCAGAAAGUUCAGAGGCACCUAUUAAUUUGUUUUUAUUGCCUGAAUAUAACGAAAAAACGGAAGGAAUUUUUAAAGGACACCCACCACUAGAAGAAUUAAUAAGUAAAUUAAGAGCUGGUUUAAUGAGUUCAACAAAAUAUCCUUUAACCCACGUUCAAUUAUCCGAAAAGAAUUGGUUGGUUUAUAGUGCGAAAGUUUGGGAUCACGUGAAAAAGAGUUCGUUUUUUGUCGAGUACAGUAAAUUAAUGCCAUAAAAGAAAAGUUUAAAGAAAAACUGUA